AUGCUCUUUCCAAAUGGCACACCGAACAACACACCGAACCAUAAAAUUAUCUCUAAUAAUGAGGGGAAUAUUUGUUCAUUAUUGUUAAAAAGUAUAGAUGAUGAACGGAUCGAUAUCUUACGGUCUAUUCUUACACAGAUUGCCUCAAAAUCAGAUUUUCACGAGCAAGUAGAUCAGAUAUGUUACAAUGGGGGGACGGUACUGCAUCAUGCAGUAGCUCGAAAUUCGGUGGAUAGUGUGCGAACAUUGCUAUCAGCAGGUGUAAACCCAUGUAUCCAGAAUGACAAUAAUAACACAGCGUAUCGCGUGGCUUUUUCUGAAGAAGUUAAAAAUGCAUUUGUUCAAGAAUUAUUGCAAGCCGUUGCUCAGUCAAAUUUGGGCCGAGUGUGUCAAAUGAUAUCAGCUGGACUUAACGUGGAUUCGAUUGAUGCUGUGGAUACUGGUAAUACAGCACUGCAUUGGGCAGCAUCUUAUGGAAAUGAAGAUGUUGUGAGGAUACUGUGUCAAAGUGGAGCAAAUGUCAAUGCGUUAAAUACAAAGAACGAAACAGCGUUACAUGACGCAGUACGUCGAGGAAAUGAUGCUAUUGUGAAAUGUUUGCUAAGCUACGGAGCAGAUCCAAAUAUAAAGAACAGAAGUGGAGAGAACUGUUACGAAUUAGCUACAAAAAUGGGGGGAGCUAUGUUGCCUAGCUUGAGUUUGAAUACAUUGAACCGCACAAUUCGUCGUACAACGUCAAUGGAUUCAGACAUCGAUCGUUCUUCAUUAAUAUCAACCGAUACUACAAUGAUGUUUGUAGAAAAACCGUCAAGUUCUAGUGUUGGUAGGAUAGAAAAUUGGACCGAUUUAUUAUGGCCUCAGCCAAAAUAUAUAGAUUUAGAUGAAAGGAAGCUCACUUACCCAUAUCCAAAAGAUGGCCGUUUAAAAAUUUAUUUUGAUAAAGCUAGUUCGGCAGAACCGCGACGAUUAAUGCAAAUUAUCCAGAUGUCAGCACCCAUCCUUUCAAGUGUCCACCUAGAAUUGGAUUACAGAGGUUACGCAGUUCGAGAUCAACCUGCUCUAAAUGGCCGAAUUACAUGUGGGAUUUUUGAAAAUGGCUAUUGCUCUGGGGCAUAUACAUUGACAAUCAAUGAAGAUAGUAUAGAACUAUAUGGAGAAGACCAUACUGGUGUUCGGCAUGGUUUUUCUACUCUUGUUCAAAUAUUGAGAAUCUUUAAAGAAUGUUCUGAGAUAGUUAAUUGGAAUACCGAAACGUCAUUAGAAACACUGCAUGAAACACUUCCUGAAUCUACAAUAAAGAUCACUGGCACUGUGAAUAGCGAACAACCAAGGAAGAUCGGUGCAAUACCGUGCUUAACAAUUCGUGAUUCUCCAGACUCAAGCUUCCGAGCUGUUUAUCAGGAUUUCAGUGGCUGCAAAAUACUGAAUACAGAAACUCUUUUGCAACUUGCCAGGCGUAUUGCUUAUUGUAAAGCGAGUCACUUAUUCGUGAAUUUCGAAGUGCGAACCACUGAUCGUUAUCAGUUACCUUACACGACUAGAGAUUUGUUUCAAAUAACACAAGUUUGUGACGAACUUUUUGUUAAGUUUGUACCAUCUCUUGACGUCCAGUCCAGUUAUACUGAAUCAGAUUUGUUGUGUCGAACCAUCGACUCGUUUCUGGAUGAUUUCCCACUCACGAAAGCUGUACAUUUCGGUUCAAAUUUGGCAAUUAUGAUUAUAUCAAAUCGAACAAUUCUGAACAGUGUGCAGAGAAGAAUACCGAGAAUAUAUGUUUCAGUGGAUAUAAAUAAAAAUAAUGCCUCUUUGAUCAAUGUCUUACCGCCAUUCGUCACAAUUUGUAUAGAAGGGAAAUAUCCGUUUGAAGCUGAAAAUUUGCUUUCAUCACGUCUGAAUGUUGUGUUACGAUUUUCGACAAGCGAUCCUGGUUUUCUAUGUGCUGCUCCUGAAUCUGUAGCUAAAAAAGCCUUGCUUGCUACCAGAUUAGGUAGCAAGUUUCCAAUUUUAGGUGCAAUGGUCUGUGAUCUGUCAACCGGCUGCGAAGUAAUGCCUCCGUCAUUGUAUUAUAUGUCUGAGUUAGCUUCACUGGGCGUUUGUUGGAAUAAAUCCGUUGAUAUAAAGCGUUUUUGUUUCUUAUUGCCUCGAAUAGCGGCGGAGCAUUUUCUCUUGGAUGGUAAUAUGGAGGCCUUGUUUAAGCAGAUGUCUACCAUUGGAAGAGUUGAACAUGAAAUAACACGAUUCAGUUAUGGAUUAAAAACUGCAGAAAGCGCUGGGGAAAUGCAAGAAUACUCAUCAUCAUCAUCAUCAAACAGGAAAAAGCCAAUUUCGGUAUUUGUAGAAAUGAUACUAAAUCCAGAUAACAUGGUCUUAGAACGACUAACUCCAGUCAUUUUCAAGAAGGCACGAAUAGAAUUAAAACGUAGUUUGAAAGCAUUGGAUCAAGCAAAAAAACGUCUUCCUUAUAAUUAUGAAUUGGCACUUGUACUGGCCGAGAUACAAAUUAUCACCGAACUUAUGGUUCUUGCUUGCAAAUUGGGUCAGUCUCUUUGCACAUAUGGCAUAAACCCAUCGUUAUCACCAAAUGAUCAAAAAGCCUCAUUUUCAUCUAGUGAUAGAGUACUGCAAGAAACAACGCUUGUCGGUUAUCAAAUGGUUAACAUUGGUGUGUCCAAUUUACCAUCAGCUGUGCGCACUGAUCUUGCUAAUAGACUUCUUGAAAUUCGCAGUCGUUUUCAGCACACGUGGCUAUCACGGAACAUUGCAAAUACUCUUCCGAAUGCUCUAAAAAUGUUCGACAAUCUUUUUCGUGCACUGCUUCCACCAAACAUGCAGGAUUAUGGAAGGAUUUUACUUUGA